AUGAUCAGUGUAGCGAGUUUGUUAAUCAGCUUGUCUGUGUUGGAUGAUGGAGUAUUUUGUCACCUUAUCCCCAGAAGCCUUUUGAAUUUUGAUGAAGGCGAUACAUCUGAGUAUGAUGUGCCACUUCAGUCUGGCGAGGAGGUGAGCAUAAGCAGUGAUGAAGAUGAGAUAAACCUUUUACUGUUCUCCUUGGUCACCAUGAUUUUGGUAUACGCAUUCGUCUGUUGCGUUUACAUAUUAAUAAGGUUUUUUGUAAGGAACGUCUUUGCAAGGGAUAAUAGAAUCUCUUUGCUAAAUGAUGAUGAUGAAAAUAGACGUCAUCGGAGGACAACGGAACGGCUAAAUGCCAGAUGGCCCAAUAUCUUGGAUGACCAGGAACUCGUCAAGAACAAAUUGGUCCGGUUAAGCCCGGAAGAACAGUUUUAUUACAAGCAAGGUGAAGAAUAUAUCAAACAGAAUCCCCCUUUGAUCGUUCCACAUGCGCAAUCUUCCCAAGAGCAGAUAGAAGAUCCUGUGAUAGAUGAUACCACUAGGCAAUAUAUAAAUGAUGAAGGGGCUUAUGCGUGGGAAUUUCAACCAGAUCCAAAUCUACCUAAUGAUACAAUUAUAGUCGAAAAUAAAACCGAAAUUACAUUCCUUAAUUUUAACUACGAAGCAUCGAUCAUGACAAACUUACCUAUUCCAAGAAUAAACCGUGUGUAUUAUUGUGAGUUUAAAAUAUUCGAAUUAAAUAAUAGUGGAGAUAAUGGUGGCAGUUUCGCCAGUAAUCACUUAGAAGAUGGGCAAACGAUUUCAUUUGGAUUGUCUACGUGCCCUUAUCCUUAUUUCAGAUUGCCCGGUAAGCACCAUCAUUCUAUUGCAUACGACUCAAACGGUGCACGGAGAUUCAAUGAUUCAUUUGAACUGGAACCUAAACUGGGUACGUUGUUCCCCCGUUUGGAGAAGGGUGAUGUUGUUGGUAUUGGGUAUAGAUCAAAUAGUGGCACAGUUUUUUUCACUAGAAAUGGUAAAAAGUUGAAGGAAGAUUCUGUUGGCGGACAUGUAAAGGGUUGGAAAUUCAAAUACGUAUACCCAAUAGUGGGUUCUAACGUCCCUUGUAAGGUUCACGUCAAUUUUGGUACUUAUGGAUUUGUAUAUAUUGAAGCAAAUGUUAAAAAAUGGGGAUAUGCUAAAUCAAACGGUACCAAAUUACCGCCUCCUUCAUACGAGGAAUAUGGACAGGAUACUUUGCUUGAGAGUGGUUGUGAGGAUGAAGGAUCAGAUAAUGAGACCAACUCAUCGAUUAAUGAUGGUGAUAUUAUAGAUAGUCAAGGCGAACUCUUACCGCCACCUCCAAGCUUUCAAUAUAGCACUUCACCAAAUUUUGAAAACUCAUUGGGUCGAAACGUCGAAGAGAUUGAUCUAGAUUCUUUACCGAUUGAGCCACCAAGCUAUUCAGAUGACGAGCAAUCUUCAAAGUUAAAGUCGAAUGCCCCAAAAGUUGGAAGUAGCUCGCGUCAUAUUAAUCCGGGAGUUCAAGCAAUUGAGGAGGAGGUCGAUGGAUUUACAGAUGACGAGCACGAGGAUGAUCCAGACAACGUGGGUGAUAUGGAAAAUCUUAAUGGUAAUGAUGCCACCGCUAAUGAUGAAAAUGAUGAAAAUGGAAACAAUGGAAACAAUGGAAACAAUGGAAACACUGGAAACAAUGGAGAUACAAAGGGGAAUACCCUAGCAAAUCAGUUUAUUCAGGACUGA